AUGUGGAAUGUUGAGGUUGGGUUGUCCAGCUUGAGCCAUGUGGUAUCCAUCCCUGGCUCCUUCGAGUCGACCCGGCCACCGUAUGGCGCUACCAAGGAUUCGGGCAAUUACCAUCCGGACAAGGCUACAACAAACCACUCGCUCACAUGCUCUGAUGUUUCUACCCCGUACCGAUGCAAGCACCUGCUCCAAACCGCAACGGGCUGGCGCGCCACCAUGCACCAGCUUUUCCCGAGUCCAUGUGCCUAUCCAUACAUAUACAUAUGCUUCACAAAGAAUCUCCAAUUCGUGCUUGUUUUGGUCACCGGUGAGGGACAACAUCUUCUCAUCACGUAUAAACCCCCCACCACCUCAUACUCCUUUCGACCAACAGGCGCUACUCGCAAAGAAAUCUCCAACCUCACCCACCAUGAGGUCAUGAUGGACCACGAGGCACCAUACAACGUAGCAGGCGCCACCAACGAACUGCUGCUUUGGGAUUGGGCCGGCCGAGGCAUCAAGCUGGGCGAUCGCCCAGCAUCUUUGGCAAGCAAUGUGUAA